UGGCGCGCGCGCCUGCUCAGUGCGCUCGGGCUGGGCGGUCUGAGCAGGCCUCUCGCUCCCUCCGGGCCGCCUUACUGCUCGCCCCGGCUGGCUGGGGAGGCAUGGAGCCGGCGGGCGGCGGCGGCGAUAGCCGCGGCCUCCCCUCCGCAGACCCACGGAGCACCUUCGUGUUGAGUAACUUAGCGGAGGUGGUGGAGCGUGUCCUCACCUUCCUGCCCGCCAAGGCGUUGUUGCGGGUGGCCGGCGUGUGCCGCUUAUGGAGGGAGUGUGUGCGCAGAGUGUUGCGGACCCAUCGGAGUGUGACCUGGAUCUCCGCGGGCUCGGCGGAUGCUGGCCACCUGGAGGAGCAUUGCUUGGUUCGAGUGGUAGCAGAAGAGCUUGAGAAUGUUCAUAUCUUACCACGGACAGUUCUUUACAUGGCUGAUUCAGAAACUUUCAUUAGUCUGGAAGAGUGUCGUGGCCAUAAGAGAGCAAGGAAAAGAACUACUAUGGAAACAGCAUUUGCCCUUGAGAAGCUAUUCCCAAAACAAUGCCAAGUCCUUGGAAUUGUGACCCCAGGAAUUGUAGUGACGCCAAUGGGAUCAAGUAGCAAUCGACCUCAGGAAAUAGAAAUUGGAGAAUCUGGCUUUGCUCUGUUAUUCCCUCAAAUUGAAGGAAUAAAAAUACAACCCUUUCAUUUUAUUAAGGAUCCAAAGAAAUUAACACUAGAAAGGCAUCAACUCACUGAAGUAGGUCUCUUAGAUAACCCCGAGCUUCGUGUAAUCCUUGUGUUUGGCUAUAACUGCUGUAAAGUAGGAGCCAGUAAUUAUCUGCAGCGAGUAGUCAGCACUUUCAGUGGCAUGAACGUCAUCUUGGCUGGAGGUCAGGUGGACAACCUGGCAUCGCUGACCUCUGAAAAGAACCCUCUGGACAUCGACGCCACUGGUGUGGUUGGACUGUCAUUCAGCGGACAGCGCAUCCAGAGCGCCACGGUGCUUCUCAACGAGGACGUCAACGACCAGAAGACAGCCGAGGCCGCGAUGCAGCGCCUCAAGGCCGCCAGCAUCCCCGAGCGGAACACCCUGGGCUUCAUGUUUGCGUGCGUCGGCAGGGGCUCCCAGUACUACAGAGCCAAGGGGAACGUGGAGGCUGACGCGUUCAGGAAGUUCUUUCCGAGUGUUCCUUUAUUUGGCUUCUUUGGAAAUGGAGAAAUUGGAUGUGACCGCAUAGUCACCGGGAACUUUAUACUGAAGAAAUGUAACGAGGUAAAGGACGACGACCUGUUCCACAGCUACACGACCAUCGUGGCGCUGAUUCAUCUCGGGGUGGCCAAGUGAAGCCCCUGCAGAGUGGUGCUCACGUCAGUGUGCGACUCGUGGGUUCUGCCUUUUUCAGAGAACGGACAUUUGGGGUAUGUGUAUUUCAAACAGGAAAAACUUCGUAUGUAUCUGUUUUGUAGUUUUGACACUCUAAAGAUUACUUGGUAGUUUUUAAUAUAUUAGAUGAAGGACAACUUCGUACGUAACGUGAUGCAGACCGAGCGUUGAGAGCUUUCGCAGCAGGCACGAGGGACCCGAUGGCGGCCACGUCGCACCAGGUCACAGGGCGGCUGUGGCGCGACUUCAGCCUCCUGCGUGGGGAGAGGGGCAGGAUUCAGCCACAGGAGGGCGAGGGGAGACCUGCCGGCGCCGUCUCCGCACUGGUAGGUGGUCUUUCAGCAGAACCGUGGAGACAGGUUUCUCCCUUAAUACAGGAGAAAGAUGCACAGGUGGCUUAAGGAGUCUUUCUCUGCUUUACAAUUGUCUUUCUUCAGAAGCUGUGAUAGUUAUUACUGACUUUUUGCUUACUUGAUAAAAAUUAAAGGACUACUUUUGUUUUAGUACUCAAAAGUUGCUUAGCCAAGUAAAUUGCCAAGACUAAUCAGUAUUUUAUUACUUCAUAAGGAAAAAAUUUUUCCUCAAGAGAAAUUACAAGAGAAAGUCCUUUUCUGCACGUACUAUAUAGCUAAUUGGCAGACCAGACAAUUACAUCACCUUAUUUUGGUUCUAUACCAAUAAAACACACCUCGGAAAUCCA